CGUUCUCGUCUCAAGGCAAAGGGAAUCUGGACCGGAGGAAAAGCUCGAGGCCGCUGUCCGAAGGAACGGAGGACGGAAGCCACGACAAAUCAGUCAAGAUGGACACUAUGGAGGGAAUGAAGCAAACGCACUCUCUGCUGGUGCGCACUCUCUCCUUACGAGCCCGACGGGAGAGUCAGGUCAGCAUCUUCAACUUCCGGCCGCCGAACAAAGACUCGGAGGUGGAUUUCGCCGAUGAUGAGUUCAGCAAUCACGGUGAUUCGGACAGCCGCGGAGGGGCGCUGGCUCUGCCCUGGAGCAGGAGACGGACCAGCGCUCAGAGCACCUGCAGCCACAGCUCGCAGUUCUUCUUCCCGAGUCUCAACAUCAACGGGAAGAAACUCUUCGUGGCCAUCGAUCAGAACGGCAUCUCGGGCCAGGGACCGCUGUCUCCGCUGCCGCUGCCCACGUGCACCAUGGAGAAGGUCAAGGAGGAGAGCGGACACAACUCCAGCAAUGAGCUGAGCAGUAUGCUCCUGCCCCAGCUGCCCCAGGAGGGCCGAGACCGGACCCUGAGCGCCACCAGCUACAUCACUGACGCCAUGGAAGAGCUGGAGGAGGCGCAGCAGAAGUGUCACCCGUGCUGGUACGUGUUUGCACACAAGUACCUGGUGUGGACGUGUUCCCCCGACUGGCUGAAGGUGAAGGAGUGGGUGAAGUUCAUGGUGAACGAUCCGUUUCUGGAUCUGACCAUCACUAUCUGCAUCGUUCUCAACACACUCUUCAUGGCUCUGGAACACUAUCCCAUGACAGACGAGUUCAACCGCAUGCUGUCUGUAGGGAACCUGGUGUUCACAGGCAUCUUCACAGCGGAGAUGGUCCUGAAGAUCAUCGCUCUGGAUCCGUAUUAUUACUUUCAGCAGGGCUGGAACAUCUUUGACAGUCUGAUCGUGAGUCUGAGUCUCAUGGAGCUGGGCUUGUCCAACGUGGAGGGUCUGUCCGUCCUGCGCUCCUUCAGACUGUUGCGAGUCUUCAAGCUGGCGAAGUCGUGGCCGACGCUGAACACGCUCAUAAAGAUCAUCGGGAACUCGGUGGGCGCUCUGGGGAACCUGACCCUGGUUCUGGCCAUCAUCGUCUUCAUCUUCGCUGUGGUCGGCAUGCAGCUGUUCGGGAAGAACUACGAGUCGUGCGUGUGUAAGAUCUCCAAGGACUGUACGCUGCCCCGCUGGCACAUGAAGGACUUCUUCCACUCGUUCCUCAUCGUUUUCCGGGUCUUGUGCGGAGAGUGGAUCGAGACCAUGUGGGACUGUAUGGAAGUGGCGGGUCAGCCGCUCUGCAUCCUGGUCUUCAUGCUGGUCAUGGUCAUCGGGAACCUCGUGGUCUUGAACCUCUUCUUGGCGUUGCUCCUGAGCUCCUUCAGCGCAGACAACCUCUCAUCUCCGGACGAGGACGGAGAAAUGAACAACCUGCAGAUCGCCAUCGCUCGCAUCCAGCGUGGGAUGCUGUGGCUCCGGCAGGCGCUCUGCGACUUCUUCAACGGGAACUUCAAGCGGCGCCGGCAGAAGGCCAAGGAGGCCAAAGCCAUGCUGAAGCUGAAGAGACUGAGCCAGCAGACGCACUGGGCCGAGGGCAACGGGACGGCCGUCAUCGAGCGCGCCGCGGAGGACGACAGCUACAUGACCAACCCCAACCUCACCAUCAGCGUCCCCAUCGCACCCGGAGAGUCUGACGUGGAGUUCCCCGAGGAAGAUGAUACGAACAAAGAAGAAGAAGAAGAAGAGGCCAGCGAGAGCGAGGAGGAGGAACGAGAGGAAACCAAACCAAGUGAUGACACCAGCCUAUCAGAGGGCAGCACGAUUGACCUCAGGAAACCCGGCGAGGAGGAGGAUGAGUACUCUGAGACAGCUGAAGAGGCCAUGGAUCCAGAAAACUGCCUUCCUGACUUUUGUUUACGUCACUUUAAGUGCUGUGAUAUCAACACGUCCGAGGGUCUGGGUCGAGCCUGGUGGCAUCUGAGAAAGACGUGUUAUCAGAUAGUGGAGCACAGCUGGUUUGAGUCCUUCAUCAUCUUCAUGAUCCUCCUCAGCAGUGGAGCGCUGGCAUUUGAAGACAUUUACAUUGAACAAAGGAAAGUGGUCAAAGUGGGGGUCCUUGAUACGCAGAACAAGAUCUUCACCUACAUCAUCAUCUAAAAAACUACUAAGAAGAUCACCUACUAUUUCAUCAAAAAAUACACCAACAACUACUCCUGGCGCUGGCUGGACUUUCUCAUUGUGUCAGUGAUUGGUCUGGUGGCACGUGUGGUCAAUUAUGAUCAGAUUGGCUCCAUGCGGGUUCUGCGGACGUUCCGGGCGCUGCGGCCUCUCCGCGCCGUGUCUCGCUUUGCUGGGAUGAGGGUGGUGGUGAACGCUCUGAUCGGCGCGAUCCCGUCCAUCAUGAACGUGCUGCUGGUGUGUCUGAUCUUCUGGCUGAUCUUCAGCAUCAUGGGAGUCAAUCUGUUCGCCGGGAAGUUCGGCCGCUGCGUCAACCGCACCGGCUUCAUCUUCAACUCCUCCUUCAUCAACAACAAGAGCGAGUUGUGCUUGGAGAUGAACAGCAUCUGUUCCUCAAACUGGACCAAAUUCAAGGUCAACUUCGACAACGUGGGCGCCGGGUACCUCGCGCUGCUGCAAGUGGCCACUUUUAAGGGCUGGAUGGAGAUCAUGUACGCCGCGGUCGACUCACGAUCUGUGGAAGAGCAGCCCAUUAAAGAGAACAGCCUGUACAUGUACCUGUACUUCGUCAUCUUCAUCAUCUUCGGCUCCUUCUUCACGCUCAAUCUCUUCAUCGGUGUCAUCAUUGACAAUUUCAAUCAACAGAAGCGAAAGUUAGGAGGACAGGACAUCUUCAUGACAGAAGAGCAGAAGAAAUAUUAUAACGCCAUGAAGAAACUGGGAACCAAGAAACCUCAGAAACCCAUCCCAAGGCCUACUAACUCGAUCCAAGGAUUCUUCUUCGACUUGGUGUCCAAACAAGCCUUUGACAUCAUGAUAAUGCUGCUGAUCAUCCUGAACAUGGUGACGAUGAUGGUGGAGACGGACGAACAGUCUCCCAGCAUCGAGUACAUCCUCUACUACGUCAACCUGGCCUUCAUCGUCGUCUUCACCACCGAGUGCAUCAUCAAACUCAUCGCCCUGCGCUGCUACUUCUUCACCGUCAGCUGGAACAUCUUCGACUUUGUGGUUGUCAUCCUCUCCAUUGUGGGUAUCGUUCUCGCAGACAUCAUCGAGAAGUACUUCGUCUCGCCCACACUCUUCCGCGUCAUCCGCUUGGCUCGAAUCGGACGAAUCCUUCGGCUCAUCCGCGGCGCGAAAGGAAUCCGGACGUUGCUUUUUGCUUUAAUGAUGUCUCUCCCGGCGUUGUUCAACAUCGGCCUCCUGCUGUUCCUCGUCAUGUUCAUCUACGCCAUCUUCGGCAUGGCCAACUUCGCCUACGUCAAGAGGCAAGCCGGCAUCGACGACAUGUUCAACUUCGAAACGUUCGGAAACAGCAUGAUCUGCCUCUUCCAGAUCACAACGUCGGCCGGAUGGGACAAUCUGCUCAGUCCGAUCCUCAACAACUCUCCGGAAGAGUGCGACCCGAAUGUUCCUCACACCGGGACGAACGUUCGCGGAAACUGCGGGAAUCCUUCGGUGGGCAUCACGUUCUUCGUAACCUACAUAAUCAUUUCGUUUCUCAUCGUGGUCAACAUGUACAUCGCGAUUAUACUGGAGAACUUCAGCGUGGCCACCGAGGAGAGCACGGAGCCGCUGAGCGAGGACGACUUCGAGAUGUUCUACGAAGUCUGGGAGAAGUUCGAUCAGGAAGCGACGCAGUUCAUCGAAUACUCCAAACUCUCGGAUUUCGCCGACUCGCUCUCCGAGCCGCUGCGCAUCACCAAACCCAACAAAAUCAAACUGAUUUCCAUGGACCUUCCGAUGGUGAGCGGCGAUAAGAUCCAUUGUUUGGACAUCCUCUUCGCGUUCACCAAACGCGUUCUUGGAGAGUCGGACGAAAUGGACGCUUUAAAGCAACAAAUGGAAGAGAAGUUCAUGAUGGCGAACCCGUCCAAGAUCUCCUACGAGCCGAUCACGACGACGCUUCGGCGCAAGCAAGAGGAAGUUUCCGCCAUCAUGAUCCAGCGCUCGUAUCGGAGGCAUCUAAUGCGGCGCCAGCUGAAACAAGCAUCGCUACUUUAUCGUCAACUCAACAUGACAGACGCCGACAAAGACGGCGACAGUUCGCCAGAGAACGAAGGACUUAUAGUUGCGAUGAUAAUGGAGAACUACGGCGCCGAGGCCGAAGUUACGGAAACGCUCUCGGCUACUUCGUGUCCGCCAUCGUACGACAGCGUCACGCGAGUGACUCCCGAGCUUUUUCACGCUCUAAUCCCAGACGCCGCGAACACGGACCUGAGCGAGCCUUUGACAGACCGAGAUCGCGAGACGUUUCUGUGACGACGGACGUCGUUUCCUUUUGUUUACCGAAUGUAACAUAGACACAAAAUCCUGCGGUUGUGCAUCAGAGGUUUUUGUAGACAAAAAAAACUCUUAUUUCUCUUGUGGCUCACGUCUGUUUGGAUAUACAAGGGGAAAGUGUCACACCGAACAUGCACACCUUCACAGUUUGAAUGCAUGAAUGAGAUCCGUAGUCGCAGUUGUAGAGGAUGUAAUCAUCGUAUAUUAGACUGAAAGCAACACAUUUUAAACAAAGCGUCUGCCAGACCGAGGUCUUACUUAAAACAGCGUGAUUCCUUUUAAGAUUUGAGAUGACGUAGAAGAAUCUUAGCGGUGCAUCCAUGUAAACGUUAUCGACCUGUCGUAGGUUCAUACUUCACCCCAUUUUUGAAAGCAUGAUGAUUACCUCUUUCUUUAGCGAUGAAAAGGCAGUGGUUUAGCCUGAGUAUUUGCACUUUUUUUGUUUGUUUUGCCAUUUCUUAUGACGUUUCGCUCAAUGCCAUCACAAGGUGCAGACAUCAAGACUAGUAAAAGACAAUCAGACAUGCACCAGAAAUGGUCACUUGCUAAAAACCUGUCUAGCGAACUAUUGCACAUGCUUCCGUUCAAACGCGCCACACAUUUGUUUCUAUUGUGAAGUAUUUAUUUUGCAUGUGGAAACUGCAUGGUAUGGAGGGGUAACAAGAACACUGAGAAUAAUUGUUUUGCACACUAUAUGCUCAGCAAUAAUUUGCUACAUUUAGGAAUAACAUUAAUGAUACUUAUUGGAGUUGAAAACGUGUCAAAGUUUCUACUGUAACGGCCUCCAGCUGUAACUGUGGCUUAUAUGACUAGUGAAGAUUAUAGCACACGUGUUUUUCUAUCUCGGGUUGGCAGGUUUGGUGAAGGGCUGUUUUAUGUAGCAAUAGAUCCCAAGUGUGCCUGCUAGAACUAAAUCCUGUGUUUAUAAUUCAUCUUUCUUCAUGCAUUUGUUUUGGUUUUUGUAAAUCGUUCGCAGACUCACCACAAAUACCAUCAAACGCAAACCGUUCCAUUGGCGUGCUUUGACACAUAUUCGCUUAUGGUGGUUUCUAUCCCAGUACUUAUUUGUAGAGAUAAAUAAUAUGACAUCUAAACAAAACAUUCUGCAAUGCUGUAUGUUAGUGGUACAAAAUGUAUUGUAUGAAACUACAAGGGAAUCGUCCACUUGGAUAAUCAAUGUUAUUACUACAAUAUUACAAUGUUAUUACUAGUUCGUCUAAAUCAAUUGAGAUGCAAGCAAACCUUCAAAUUAAAUUGACAUGAGGCUGCUUUAAUACACUAAUAACCUCGUUUUAAAACCUGAACAUUCAUUACCUUCACAUGCACAAGUGUGUGUUUCUGUCGUGUUGUGAUGAAUGAACUGUAAAUAAGCAUCAGAUGUCAUUGUGUACAUUUACAGGAAAUCUAAUACGUGACCUGUGCAAACUACAUUUACAGGCUUAAAAAACCACAGAGGCUAAAAUAGACUCAAGCUCGGUUAAUUGCUAAUACAAUUAUUCUGAUAUGAGCGUCACUGAAGGGCGCCGAUGCAAAGCUGUAUCUUCUCAGAUCAAGGUUUGUUUGCAUUACAUUUGAACACUUUUGGACCUUAUUUAGGCUGGAUACCAUAAUUAAUUUGAUGAAAAUGAGGCUGUGAGGGCAACAACCCAUGAAAAUAAUUUUUAAAAUGAUCUAGAAAUCAACUCGGUAUAAUACAUUGAGGCUUCUUAAUAAACGACACUGAGUUUCUGGGUUCCUUUGAAAUGCAUUUGAUAGAUAGUUGAUAAUAGAAAUUAUUUACUUUAGAAAUUUUAACCAUUGAACAGAUCAAAUAUUCCUUACACUGGGGGAAAAUGGAUUAGAAAAAGUAAAUUUCACAAAAAAAAUAUUACAAAGAAAAGGCAAGUAACAUUGAAUUAAAUGUGAAUUUUUUAAAGUAGAUUAUAAAAUGUACUCCGAUAACCUUUAUUUGCAACUUAAAAAAAAAAAAAAAAAAUUAAUUUAAUUUGCAUCAGUUUAAAUACGGCAUUCAUUGGCAAAAGCUUAAAUAUAAUAAAUAUAACCCAUCUAAUUUGGGUUUUAACCGAUUUGCCUGAAAGAAAAAAAACACUGCAUGUUUAAUGUAAUGUUUAAAACCGACAUUUCUAUCCAUAAAAUCACAUUUUAUUUACCGUUGAAGUAGAAAGUGUCUGUUUUUUUACUCCUAAGUUGAACAUUAAAUCAAAAUCGCCCUAAAAUCAAUGUUUCUGGUUUUGUGAAUGAUUCAUCUGACAAUAUUAUAAAAAACAAACAUUUUAUUUCAAUAAUCAUUCGAAAAACUUUCCUUUAACGCUGAUAGGAUCAAUGUAACCAUCCAAUCAUUGUGUUUUGCUCACAUUACAGAAGGAAAAUGGAUUGCAAAUGCAGUUUCAUGUUGACUUCAAAAAUGGCUUCAAAUGGAAACACAAAUAAAAACACUGAGGAGCGAGUUAUUUCUGGACAUAAUUAGCAACAUCUGGACUGUGUGUGAUGAACUGCCUUUGGUCAAACUCUAUUUGCACAGGAGAGGAGCCAUACAUUUCUCUGAAGGUUUUGUGUUGGUGUUUGUGAGAUGUGCUCAUGCAUGCAGUGCUGCUUUUCCAUGGCGAGGCUGGGGCCGUGGUUUGGCUUCUUGACGUGAUGCUUUCGGACGGCUCUUUUGUCGUGGAAGCGCGGCAGAUUUGCUGUGACUUCGGCCUCCUUCUGUUCAGCUCACUUCUCUCUCCUCAUCCAACAAAGCCAAAGAGUCUUUCUGAUUACUGCAGAACGAGUCGUGACGCUCGGAAUAAAGCACACGGGCUCCGUUUCAAACCCUAGUGAGUCUACAUAGGCAGCUGCCUAUUAAGGGUGAUUCUGAACGCUCUAGUUACUGUAACUCGAAUAAUGUUGCUUGUACAAAAAGUACUUCAAUAAUACAUUAGAUUCAUUAGAUUUGACUAUAUAUGUAUUUUUCACUAUUUUUGCAGUGCAUUUUAGGUCUGUCUUUUUUGUAGAAGGUUUUGAAACAUUUGUGUUUGAAUUGCAUUUUAAUUUCUAUGCACUUGGAUCGCACAGUUUUCACACGAACAAACUAAAGUUGAUGUGAUGCAUAAAAAAAGUCAUUUUCACAUAGAGAUUGCUAUUAAAUUAAAUUGCUAAUAAUUGCAAAGAAAUUGCAAGUAACACAUUCAGUUAAAAGUUAAAGUAAUAGUAGAAAAACUGGAAUAUUGUUUUCUUGUAAAUUAUUAUUUUUUUAUAUAUACAUUUUAUACAUUUAUUUUAACUGAAUUAAUAUCACU